UGGGCAUAGAGAGGUGGAUGUUGUCAUCAUGGCAGAGAAGAGCGUGGAAGAGGUUCUUGAAGCUGUAAGGCGGAAAAUGUCGCUGAAUAGGUGUGAAAUAUGUAACAUGGAAGAAGCAAAGUAUCGAUGUCCGCGCUGUAUGAAAUAUUCAUGCAGCUUGGUUUGUGUAAAGCAACAUAAAACUACAGACAACUGUAAUGGAGUCAGAGAAAAAACAUCCUUUGUUUCCAUAAACCAAUUCAGUGACUUAAAUCUUCUUAGCGAUUAUCGGUUUCUGGAAGAAGUGGGAAGAAUGGCUAACUGUGCUGCUCGGGAUGUCACUUCACAUAAACCAAGAACAAAUAAAUUUGUCAACUUUUUGAGAAACAGAGCCCGGAGAUACAACAUCCACUUGAAAACUUUACCAAUUGGAUUCACAAAGAGGAGAGAGAAUUCUACAUUUUUUAACAAUAAGGAAAAAAAGUUUUAUUGGCACUUGAAGCUUAUCUUUCCUCACAGUCAUGCCAAAUUCACAGAAAAAAGGGUGCCAGAUGAUAAACCACUGUUUGACAUUCUUAAGCAUUAUGUUGAUCCUCAAGAGUCUGAUCCUGUCAUUUGUCAAAGAUUAAAAAUCUAUACAACGUCCUCUCCGUCAGACAUACAGAUUCUAAUGAAAGUUGAAAUCAGCCCAUCCAACACCAGCAGAUAUGAAGAACUAGAUGCCAGCAAAGGUCUUCUAGACAAUUUGAGAGGGAAGACUAUCGUUGAAUACCCAUCUUUGCAUGUGGUCUUGAAAAAAUUCAAGACAGAUAUGGCUGUUCUUGGCUACAGUGAAAAUAAAGCAGCUCGCCUCACCCUGGCAAAGACAUGGAAGACAGAUCGUAUCCCAACAUUGGAUGACUGGAUUACAAAGGUCCAACAACUUUUUAUAAUGGACAAAAGCUCAUUUCAAAUCAGACAACAACCAGCAGAAGCAUAUAUGAAGACUUGGCAACUUUGGAUUUUCUAUCAAGAGAAAAGAUCGAAUGUCCUAAUAUUCCCGAUUGAAUACUAAGACAUAUUAAGUUACAUCAGACUAAACCUUUUUGUUCUUCAUAUUAGGUGUAAGGGUUAUAUAGAAUAGAAAAUGAUUAAGAAACAAUAUUUAUAGAGUAAUAGGGAGAAUAGUAUGUAUAGAGGAAUAGUAUGUAUAGAGUAAUAGUAUGUAUAGAGUACAUAGUAUAGAGUAAUAGUAUGUAUUAAUAUAAAAUACUUAUUAUAGACAACUCUCUUUUCUUUUUUUUUCCCCUUUCCCUUUUCUUUAAUUGUUAAAUGAAUCAAGAACAGUCAGGUGUAAUAGUGAGAUUAUAGAACAAAGUACAUGAAGUAGGCUGAAGGGGAAGUCUCAAUUAUCUUCUUUCUUUAUAACAGCUUCUGAGAUUUAGCGGUUUAGACUAUGUAGAACUUGUUAUACAGAUAUAGCCGUGGAAGCAUGAUAUGAAAAAUUUAUGUCUGUCAUUGUUUGUCUGUUUGUUAUUUGUUGUUUUUUGUGGGUGAGCUUGUCGCAUGCCCUUCUCUCUUUUUUUUUAAAACAAUAAAGUAUAUUCAAAAAAAAAAAA